UAGGCCCAAAAUUAGGUUGCCCUGUCAUCCAGCUCACCAGCUGCUCUCGCAAAACUCUGUGUCACCGUCCUCUCGAGCGUUGCUCGGAGUUCUUCGAAUGAAAAGAACAGCGCCCCCUCCCUCCGGCUAAUCUCUGGCGCGGUCAGAACUUGGAGUAGAAUAACAGAAGAAUAACCCUUUUUCUUUGUAUUUGUACUGUUGCAAUUUUUUUCUUUUUUUUUUUUGAGUUUUGUGUUACUGUAAGUUUCAUCACCAUGUGGAGGUCACCUCGAAUCUCUUGUAUCUUUAGAAGAUUGAAUAGCCUCAAAGUAACUAGUAACCUGAUGGACCAUGCCUUGCACACUAACGUAGCUCAACCUCUUGUCUCGACUUCUGCAUUAGAUUCCAUGUCUUUACAGACUAGCCAUUCUCCCGAGCAGAAAGCCGGAGAGACACAAAAGCGUCUUAUUGGGGAUAAUGUACCUAAAAGAGACAAGAUCAAUUUUCUUGUGACAACGCUUCUCAAUCUCAACGACAGUAAGGAGGCUGUUUAUGGUGCUCUGGAUGCCUGGGUUGCCUGGGAGCACAAGUUUCCCAUGAUUGCAUUGAAAAGGACGUUGAUUGCUCUUGAGAAGGAACAGCAGUGGCAUAGAAUUGUGCAAAUAAUUAAAUGGAUGCUGAGCAAGGGGCAGGGAACCACGAUGGGAACAUAUGGUCAAUUGAUUCGAGCUUUAGAUAUGGAUCACAGAGCUCAAGAAGCACAUGAAUUCUGGGAGAAGAAAAUUGGCUGUGAUUUGCAUUCAGUUCCUUGGCAGUUAUGCCAUCUCAUGAUAACAGUAUAUUACCGAAACAACAUGCUGGAGGAUCUUGUACGGCUUUUCAAGGGACUGGAAGCGUUUGAUCGUAAGCCUCAGGAUAAAUCUAUCAUUCAGAAGGUGGCUAAUGCGUAUGAGAUGUUGGGCCGCGUACAAGAGAAAGACAGGGUACUGGAGAAAUAUAGCUAUGUCUUCAAAGAGAAAAAAUCUAGAAAACAGCGUCUUGAUAGGAACAAGAUUUCUUUGUCCACUGAGAAGGGACGACGCAAGGAAUCUAGAGAGGCCUCUUCUGACUAGUCAGGAAUGCAUUCAGGUUUGUUGAGAUGGAUCUGAAUUCCAGUUCUGCUGGUCUACUAGUGUCUGUCUAAGGAGGCUGUACCUUGGAGUGAAAUCUCAUGAUUCAUGGUGGAAUGUCUUAAGCACAUUCGUACAGAUACAGAUAAUAGAUUUGCUGCAUGUAAUGUGUAAUCUUAGUCCAUGUCCAACUUCAGCA